UUAACUUUCCCUCGCUGCCGUGUCACAUCGACGUCAUGGCGUAGCGAUGCUGAGUGGCUCGGUGCGCUGGUGGGCACGGAGAAAUUCGGAAACUGUGGAGUUUUUAACUUUAUCUUACGGAAUAAAAAUCCGCGGAAAAGUUCAACCCUUCGAGCAGGGUGGGGACGUGUGAAACUUGAUCAGCUGUUGGAUUGCCCUCAAGUCGACCUUUCAAACUGUUUGGUCCUUGUUUUCAGGUUCAUCAGUGAUUGAAGAUGAUGUCCGACGCCAGCGACAUGUUGGCUGCUGCCUUAGAGCAGAUGGAUGGUAUAAUAGCAGGCUCGAAGGCCUUGGACUACUCCAACGGUCUGUUUGACUGUCAGUCACCUACGUCCCCUUACAUGGGCAGCUUGCGGGCGCUCCACCUUUUGGAGGACCUGAGGAGCGUGCUUGAGUUAAUGGACACGGAGGAAAGGGAAAGUGUCCGCUGCCAGAUCCCCGACUCCACAACUGACAGUCUGGUCGAGUGGCUUCAUGGCAACCUGUCCAAUGGGCACAUCUCUCUCGGUGGAGGAGACCACUACCAAGAAAGACUGUCAAGAUUAGAAGGCGAUAAGGAGUCUCUGGUGCUUCAGGUGAGUGUGCUGACUGACCAGGUGGAUGCGCAGGGCGAGAAGAUUCGAGAUUUGGACAUAUGUUUGGAUGAGCACAGAGAGAAACUCAACGCCACAGAGGAGAUGUUGCAGCAGGAGCUUCUGUGCCGGACUGCCCUGGAGACGCAGAAACUCCAACUGAUGUCUGAAGUGUCCAACCUCAAGUUGAAACUCAACUCUUUGGAGAAGGAGAGACUGAGCUUUGAUGACAGAUUUAGGGACAGUGAGGAUUUAAUUCUUGAAAUUAAUGAACUUCGGUACAGACUGACGGAGCUGGAGAGUGAAAAACUACAGUAUGAAAAGAAGCUCAAGUCCACAAAGUCCCUUAUGGCUAAGCUUUCUAGCAUGAAAAUUAAAAUGGGCCAGAUGCAGUAUGAGAAACAGAGGAAGGAGUACAAACUCCAUUCUAUGAAGGAGGAGCUAGCGUCUCUGAGGAGGCAGCUGGAAGGCAGAGAUGGUGAAAUGAAGUGGCUACAGGAUGGCACGGCUUUCAAAGCUGUUGCCACAAGUAGCCCGGAUGGCCGAGAACGAGUGUCUCACCCAGAUGAAACGCUUAGAAAGAGGCUGAAAGAAAAGCAUGUGGAAGUGCAAAGAAUGAAAAACGCAGUUGAAUCAUUAAUGGCAGCAAAUGAAGAAAAGGAUCGCAAGAUUGAGGAGCUCAAACAGUCGCUGUUGCGGUACAAGAAAGUUCAAGACAUGGUGAUGUCUGUACAAGGGAAAAAAGAGAAAACGAAAGACAACGAGCGUGUUGAGAGCCCCGGUGAUGGAUCCAGUCCACUCUUGUCUGGCAGCUCUGGGUCUGUGGAAUCUGAAAAACAGGACAUUACAGAUGUUGAACAGCUGCAAACAAAGAAGCCAGAUGAGCAGGAAGGAGUCGGUAAAGACCCAUCACCCUCUCCUAGCCCUGCGGAGCCAUCACGAGUAUCGGAGCACGAACACACAGAUGGCCAAAGUAAUCAAGAGCCGAUCAAAACUGAUGGCCUGAUCCAGUCAGAAGAGAGCAAUAAUGAAACGUGCACCAGUGAAGGGAACAGUAAGAUAAGUGAAAAGCCCCCCAUGAAUCCGUCGGCCACCUUGCCAGCCUCCGUUGAAGACGACAGCUUUGGCUCCAGAAAGGCUCGCUCAUCUUUUGGGAAAGGAUUCUUCAAGAUCCGCGGAGGCAAGAAAACAUCCAGCAACCCUAACCUCGACCGCAGCAGGAGUGCAAGUGCGCCUAUGCUAGCUGAAACCGAGCGACAGGGCACCGACCAUCUGGACCUUGCUGGGGUUCCACAGAGGUCAUCCAACAGUGACAGCACACACACGCUUCCCACAACCCCGGAAAGCAGGAAGAAAUCUAAAGGCAUAAAGAAACUCUUUGGGAAGCUUAAGCGGAGCCAGUCUACCACAUUCAACCUUGACGACAACCUCCCAGAGGGAGAGUUCAAGCGGGGUGGAGUACGAGCCACAGCAGGACCCAGACUGGGUUGGUCUCGUGAUUUCCAGCGAGUCAACAAUGAAGUGGAUGCUCCCUUUGCACGCUGGUCAAAGGAUCAGGUCUGUGACUGGCUGCAGGAGCAGGGCCUGGGCCUUUAUGUCAACAUGGCCUGCGUGUGGAUCUCCUCUGGACAGACUCUGCUGCAGGCAUCACAGCAAGACCUCGAGAGGGAGUUGGGCAUCAAACAGCCACUGCACAGAAAGAAGCUGCAGCUCGCUUUGCAGGCCCUUGGCUCUGAGGAGGAGAACAGUAAGGGAAAGCUGGACUACAACUGGGUGACGAGGUGGCUGGAUGACAUCGGCCUUCCUCAGUAUAAAACCCAGUUUGAUGAAGCCAGAGUUGAUGGCCGAAUGCUUCACUACAUGACAGUGGAUGACCUUCUCUCCCUGAAGGUGGGAAGCGUCCUGCAUCACCUCAGCAUCAAGAGAGCAAUUCAGGUUCUUCGACUCAACAACUAUGAGCCCAACUGUUUGCGCCGCAGACCAUCAGACGAGAACAACAUUUCACCUGCAGAGAUUUCUCAGUGGACCAACCACAGGGUGAUGGAGUGGCUUCGAUCCGUGGACCUCGCUGAGUACGCUCCCAACCUCAGAGGCAGCGGCGUCCACGGAGGCUUAAUGGUUCUGGAGCCCCGGUUCAAUGUGGAGACCAUGGCUCUGCUGCUGAACAUCCCCCCCAACAAGACUCUCUUGCGUCGCCACCUCGCCACACACUUCAACCUGCUCAUUGGCUCCGAGGCCCAGCAGCUCAAGCAGGAGUGUCUGGAGAACCCAGACUACACUUUACUCACCGCCACCACAAAAGUCAAGCCAAGGAAACUGUCGUUUGGUAACUUCGGCAGUCUGAGGAAGAAGAAACAGGAGGAAAAUGAGGAGUAUGUGUGUCCGAUGGACGUGGAGAUGCCAAAAGGACGAAGCUUCCAGAAAGGCUUCGAGCUCCAGAUCUAUGAAGACGACCUGGAUAGGCUGGAGCAGAUGGAUGACUCUGAGGGGACAGUGAGACAGAUUGGGGCUUUCUCUGAGGGAAUUCAGAACCUCACUAGUAUGCUGAAAGACGAUGAAUUCUUUAAAGGGAACUCUCCAAACCCCAGCGUCGCAGAUGAGGAAUCCACCGCAUGAGAAAGUCCGGGUCAGACCUGGUCCUGCUGUGAAUGAAACUCUGGGCCACCCCUCCUCUCCUGCACACGGCCCCAGUCAACACCGUUAACAAUCCUUCAUUGCCUUUUAGUGUUAAAGAGCCAAAAGUGUUACAGCUUCCUUCUUCUUGGUUUUAAAGGGCGUCGUGGUGAUAACCUUUAGUCCGUUCGUCAUGAUUACUAAUGUCCAAGGGAACCUUGAGGACAACGCCACUGUUUUCCUGCCAGCUGGUUUCUGGAAAUAUUUUGUACUCUGUGAUAUAGAAACACUGUUCUGAUUCUAAAAGUGUCAACCAGCAAGAAAAUGUCAUGAAAAUAUAAUUUUAUAUAUUUUAAUAUAUCAAUUUUAGCUGCCUUCUGACUUAAGAAAUUAAAAGGUAGAUGCGGGCUUUGCUGAAACUGAAGAAUUUACAGCAGUAAUUUGCUGAAAGUAUGUUUCUAAAAAUAACUGCAGCUGCUAUGGGUUUUUUUUCUUUCUUCUCUACUCAACUGAACCUUGCUGAUUAAACAAUUACACUCUU